GCACUCACACAUCCUGCUGUCAAGGAUGUAGAUGUAUUUGAAUGUUGUCGAUAUGACCGCUAGCCUUUUCCUCUUUCAAUAUGCCUGCAGCGAUGCACCUCACUGUGCUUGUGUCCCUGUUUGCGGUGACUCUCUGUGAAAACAACACCACUUCCUCCACAACCAAAUUUGCAAAGGAGAUAACCACAAGUGCUGCACACCACACCAGUUUGGCUGCAAAGAAAACUACUUUAUUCAAUGUGACAACCAACAACACACAACAGCCUCCAACAACACACCAGAUUACCACUGCCGUCACUUCAGAAAACGUGUCAUCAUCACCACCGCCCUUGACUUCCCCACAAACACCCAACAGGACAGAGGAAAUACAUCCCAGUGUCACUCCUCCUCAGACUACAACGACCAACCAGACGUCCAACGAGACCGUUUUCCACAGAUCAACACUCCCUCCGGCACCAGAAUCACCAAACAUCACUGCAACCAUCACUGUAAACAUAACCAGCCCAGGUCUUUCACAUGGGUGGGGAAAAGGUGACAUAGUAGCAAAUCCCGGCCUUGUGGCUAUCCUUUGCAUCUUCUGUAUCAUCUUCGUCCUUGUGCUGGUGGUUAUCAGCGUGAAAUGCAUCCAAUCGCCUAGGUCCAACUUCGAGAGGCUUGAAGACGUGCCGAUGAGAAAAGUCACCGAGGAGUCUCCAUUCGCCCAGUACUCAAAAUGACAAAGGGGGCUUCAGACACUGAAAUCCAGGAGGAGUCCAGUCUGCUGUACAAUUCUUAUUUCUUUACAAAACACUUUUGUCUCCUUUUAAUUCUGCUGAUUGAAGCUGAAUCAACUCUUUCUCUGUAGUUUCUUUUGAAAAAAAGAAUCAGCCUAAAAAGCAUAUUCAUAAUUACACUCUUAAAUGUAACAUUAUAGGAAUACAGUACAUUUAAAGUUUCCAUGAUGAUUUAGGGGAUUUGUAUUAUCAACAGUGCAUGGGAAGAUGUAUUUCCAGUAUUGAAAGUUUACGUGAAAAUAAUGUUCUCUGCAUGUAUAAAUGUCUUUUUGGGCAAUUAUUGUAUACAUAGAAACGUAAUUGGAAUGUACAAGUGUAUGUGAAGUAUACAGUUUGUAUUAUGUUAUUUAUUACCAUAUAUUAUGUAUAAAUAAUGUCUACCCUGGCCUGAGACAUCCAGUGUAGAUUAGUUUUGAUGUACAAAUAAACGUAUUGGUUGAGUUACAUUUUAGCAGGAACAGUGAAGAAAACCCAAUUUAUUGGAAUAAUUAUAGCCAAGAAAUAUUAAGACUGCCAACUAACCAAGGGAAGAGAUGAGAUAACAAAGGAAACCUAUUUAGACUAUCUACAAAUAAUGCCAACAAGUGCACUUUGGCUUGCUAAACCUGCAAAUUCAAAUACUGGUAGUUUAUCUUUGUUGGAUCUGCUGUUAUCCUGGUCCAUUAGAUUAUUUCUGCCUUCUAAAAACAAUGAAACUAGUCUGCAGAAACAUAACAGGCCUUUUUUUUGUACAGCUAAAGACAGAUGUUAUAUCUCUCACAUACAAUGUUGACACAUAAAGUCCUCUACAUGUUCUGUGUGAGAGGACUACAUGAAAUGUGUCAACAUUGUAUGUGAAUCUUAUGUGCAUGGCAAAGCUGCUCUUCUUGAUUAAUUUUAAUUCGGUUAACAUCCUACAGUGAUGACUGAGACACACACACAGCCUUCUUCCAAUAGAAAAUGAAACAUUCAGACUACUUUCAAACUAUUUUGACCAAGUAAUUUUGCUGCACGUUUACGCUCAGGGGGUUAAAAAUCUGGAUGAUCUGAUCAUCAUAUAAACCUUUUCUGUGUGCAUUACACAAUUGCUGCCAGACAGAUGUAAAGCACAUUUGUGAUAUUUUCAAUGAAAUAAAAGGAAUAUUUCUAAAACA